AACGAUAGUGGCUUUUGACAAGCAAGACUGCCAGGGCGACCCGCCGAUCUCGAGGACGGACACCAUGGUGUGGCCAUGUUCCGCGCUGUGAUUCUUUGACAGAUAUGGACAUUCAUGUGGAAGAGAACGGAAGGAGAGGUCGAGAUUCUGCGUUCGCGGCACACUCUGUCCGACCUACUGAUGCUACCUCGACUUCCUCUUCCACCCUUGUCAACGUAGACGCAAACGAUCGACCACUCAAGGCUAGCUUUCAAAGGCGCCAGACAUCCACCUCAAGCCCAUACGCACGCUUCUCUCCGCCAAAGUCCCGCCGCAGAGAGCGUAUUCCAGAUGCACCUCCGUCUCCCUCUUCUUCUUCAUCGACCACAACCCGGAGAGCUCUAGGACGAGAGCAUACACCCGUCGCUGAUUUACCUCUGUGCCCUGACGAUUGCCGCUGUUCGGAUCAGGAAAUCGAACGGGGCUUUUGCAGGCGUGCCAUGGCGGAAGCGUCGAGCGAGGGUGGAACAAGCGAGGCUGAUUCGGAAAUGGAAGCGAGACUGCUGGACAGGCGCUGGACCAAUGCGAGGGAGCAGCGCGGCGAUGUGCAUCUGGCUUGGGAUCCAAGCGAGCGACGACGCGAUCGCGAGUCGAAGCAGCAGCUUGGCGAAAGCCGAUCAUCGUCGAGCACCAUCACUGGCAACCAAGGCUCGGCAUCGACUCCGUUGGCCCCACAAUCGCAACCACAGAGUCCAUCUCGCAUUGGAGACCGAGGGACUGGCAGAGACUUGAGGUCAGAUCCAGUCGUUGUGCCGCGAUCUAGCCUUGACUUGAGUGCAACGAACAGCAGUGACGAGGGAGACGAGUUUGCGCCUCUGCAAGCAUAUCGAACCCUUUCGUCACCACUGCAGCGCUCACAGAGGCCAUCAUUGAGAGUGUCGUCCUCGCCUGGGCCACGGCCCCACCAAGAGUUGUCGGAGAGCACUGUGUCGGCGCCUGGGCAUGGAUCAGCUGCACGCCGAUCGAUUGCCAACGUCUUUGAACGGCUCUUGCAAGAAGAGCAGCGAAGAAGGCAGGAAGACAAGGACAAGAAAGAGGCACAGAGAGAACGGAGGCGACAGGAAAAGGCUAGGAGAGAGGGUGAACACGAGAGUGACUGGGACGACAAUACAGCAAGGAGUAGUCUGAGAGGCAGUCAGCGGGCAGAGGGUCGUUCAGCUAGCGAGAAAUCUAAAUCAAGCCCAGCUAGUCGCCUUCAGCAUGACGUCGAUCGCUUGCAAAAAUUGUCGGCUCAGACUUCGACUUCGGCAAGCAGCGACACCUCCAAUGCUCAUAAAGGUCCUUCUUUGCCCUCGUCGCCCAAAAAGUCUUUGUCAUCCUCUCCGAUUCAAAGACCGCCAUCUUCGAUGGUCCCAUUUGCUUUGCAAACGCCAAUUACGCAGCCCGUCGAGGAGGGACGCGAGGACAAGGAGCCUGAGCGAGACGUCCAGCUUAAUCCAAAUGCGUCGAUGUUGCCUCCGCCGCCGCCGUUCCAGGAUCCUUUGGGCGCACCUUCGGCGAACACUACACAGUCGCCUCGGGCCUCACUACCAGACGCUCGGUCUUCCAGUCCAUUGUCAACUUUUGCGUUUCCGAAUCGGCUUCCGCAGCGACAGGCACCACUACAUGCCGGCGUGGCCCUGAUCGACUCUUCGAAGCAGCUCUCGCCUGUGGUCGGAAGCGGGCGCUUCAGUCCGGGAGACCCAUCCUCGCCGAGACGCAACAGCCAUCGAAGAUCGGCUGAUGUGGAUGUUGUCAGCGUCAGUAGACGUCUGCCGACAACUUCAACGACACCUCCUUCUACAACGCCGCUUCCGUCAGCACUGGCGGAGGUCCAUACCCCACACCUCACACCUGCAGACGAUGCUUUUCAAUCCUCGACAUCCACAAGUCCCAGAAGAGUCAGAUUCAGCCCCCAGCCGCCGCAAGUCGUCGUGGCCGAGCGUGAAGACGACACCGAUGAGACAUCCAGCCCCGAGAGUCACAGGGACCUAUCGCUGCAAGGCGUGGAGGAUGAAGACGAGAGUGAAGAGGACCAGAAAGGAAUGGAUACGGACAGGUCCUUUGCAGCUCCGAUGGAGCCCAAGAUUGAUCUUGGCUCAGGAACUCCGAACAGUACAGAUGCGACCCGUCUGUUGAGGGAAGGAAACACGCCCAAGACGCAAUCACCCUUCGUGCCUGGCGCUUACUUUUCUCCAGCGGCGGGGCCAUUGUCGUCGGCGGCUUCACCGGCCUUUUCUCGUCAUAUCAUACGACCGCGGGGUCCGAAAAUGGCCCUGGAGACGGUCUCACCGUCCAAGGUGGCUGGCAUGGACAAGAAGGGUAAAGAGGAAAACGAAGAAGCAUUCUGGAACAAGGACGCUGAUCCGCCUGCUGGAAUACCUUCACCACCGCGCCCAUUCGCGUGGACAUCGGCCUUGUCGAGGUUUGGCUCGGCUGUCUAUUCGCCCCCUAAAACCAAGACGUCAGGACUUGAGAACAAGGCCGAUACGAGCAUGGCGAUAAGUCUUGGCUCAGCCUCGAUCAUGGAAGAUGUUCUGGAGGAGAGCCUGGAGGGAGAAACUGGCGGGGAGGACGAUGAGAUCACGCAAGGCUCCCAAUACCAUGGAGGUGCCCCUCGCGAAUCGACUCCACCACCAAUGAGCCCUAGUCUGCGCUCGAGUCUUCGGUCGAACCUUUCUGUUGCCGGGCGUCAUAUUAAGGACAUGCAAGAGCAGUCUCUGCUCCAACUCGACCCUCUCCGAACUUCGGGGCAAGACUCCAGCCAGGUUCCAAAUGCGGAUGACUCGCUGCGUCUGACGCUUGAGGAGCUUUUGGAGGUAUUGAAAAGACCCCAGGAACCCGAUAGCUUCGUCUCGUCAUUGACGGAGAUAACGCUGCCGGGCAACAAAGUUCUUCCCACCAGUACGCAGGCGACCGACGAAAACGGCCGGGCACUGGAACUCGCUGAGAUUGCAGAUGAAAGCCUUCAUCGGAGUAAGGUCGCUGAGGAAGAAGAUCGACGCUUCGUUGCCCGUCUGGACCAAGUCCGCGAUCGACUCCAAGCCCUGCUGCACAGCAGCAGCAUUUCCGGCCCUCAGCCAAAGAACAAAACGACAAUGUGGAGCACGUUCAUGAGGCUUAUGCUCCAUCUUGCGCUUCUCUUUGCUGUUCUCCAAUUCGCAAAACUCCGCGCGAGCCUUUUGUACCAUCACCCUUAUUCACUCCUCGAGGAUCCGUUCCAAGCAAGCUCGACUCAAAGCGCCAUUUUGUUCUCCAUUUUGCCGCGCAGACUUCCCUUCUGGUCCCUGAUGCGAGGAGGCACAGACGGGCUUCUCGCGAGGCUCAACAUCUUCCCACCGGGAUCCCUCGUCGGUGUCGAGCAAGAUGGACUGACAUGGAUCCAAGAUCUGCCACUAUCGAUGCAGCUAGACGGAGGACAAGGGAGCUCAAGCGUGGCAAAAGUGGUGUUUGACAUCGUCUGGCGAAAUGUCAAGAGUGGCAGAACAGAGUUGGCCUGGCGUGUAUUGAUGUGGAACUUGGCCAGGUCAAUCGGGUGGGACUGGUCGGACAUGGGCGAAGGAGGCCUUUUGGUCCCGACUUGAUCGGCGAUCUGUACGAAUAUUUUGUCAGUUGUAUACCGUUCUAAUAUUGCUGCUGCAACACAAGC